AUGAAAUUUCAUAUCGUUAUACGUCUAACAACAAUAAUAUGGUGUCUGUUCAUCUCAACAACACAAGCUAAGAGAAACUUGAAAGCUUCCGCCCUAGUGACAUGUAUGGAAGGUUCUCAAGUGUCGUCAAACAGCUUCGACGUUGUAUUUAACCCAGAUGAUAGAUCUUUACAUUAUGAUCUUGAUCUAGUGACUCAAAUUGACGGGUACGUGUAUGCUGAUAUUGAUGUUUACGCAUAUGGGUUUAAAUUUAUUAGCAAGAAUCUAGAUCUUUGUUCUAUGAAUUGGAAACAAUUUUGCCCCGUUCAUCCAGGUAAUAUUCAAAUUGAUUCCAUCGAAUACAUUUCAAAAGAAUAUACUGAUCAAAUACCGGGGAUCGCUUAUAAUGUCCCCGAUAUCGAUGCGUACGUAAGGUUAAACAUUCAUAACAAUCAAAGUGAAAGAUUGGCAUGUCUUCAAGUGUUUUUCUCCAAUGGGAAAACCGUAUCGCAAACUGGUGUUAAAUGGGCCACCGCCGUGGUUGCUGGUAUUGGGUUAUUAUUAUCUGCUAUCUUAUCCUCCUUUGGUAACUCUACAGCAGCUUCCCAUAUUUCAGCCAAUACAAUGUCUCUUUUCUUAUACUUCCAAUCUGUUGCUGCUGUGGGUAUGCAACAUGUUCAUAGUGUCCCACCUAUUGCUGCAGCAUGGUGUGAAAAUUUAGCUUGGUCCAUGGGGUUAAUUAGAGUCACAUUUAUGCAAAAGAUUUUCCGUUGGUAUGUGCAAUCCACUGGGGGGACUCCAGAUCUAUAUUUAACAGCAACAACAAUGUCUGUCUUAACUCAAAGAAGUUUAGAUUACUUGAAAGCUUCCACUUUAGUUAAGAGAGCUGAAAAUGUCCUAUAUGGAAAUUCCAAUACUUUAAUCUUUAGAGGAAUAAAAAGAAUGGCCUAUUCCAUGAAGAUGGAAAAUACUUCAGUAGUUUGCACUGGGUUCACAUUUUUCGUAUUAUGUGGAUAUGUACUUGCAGCAUUUAUUAUGAUUUGUAAGUAUUCCAUUGAAUUAUCCAUUAGAUCAAACUGGCUUCGUCAGGAUAGAUUUUUAGAGUUUAGACAAAAUUGGAGAGUAGUUUUAAAGGGUGCAUUGUUGAGAUACAUCUACAUUGGAUUUACCCAAUUGACAAUUUUAAGUUUCUGGGAAUUCACUGAAAGAGAUUCUGGUGCGGUUAUCGUCAUUGCAUGUUUGUUCCUACUGUUAUCCAUUGGUUUGAUGGUUUGGGCAAGUUGGAGAACUCAUAUGUUUGCUCAAAAAUCAAUUGAAUUAUAUGACAAUCCUGCUACUUUGCUGUAUGGGGAUGAUCAAGUAUUACAUAAAUAUGGAUUUUUCUACACUAUGUUCAAUGCAAGACGUUACUGGUGGAAUGUAAUUCUUCUAGGUUACAUUUUCAUUAAAUCUUUAUUUAUUGGAUUUGCUCAAGCAUCAGGUAAGACUCAAGCAUUAGCCAUUUUCAUCCUUGAUUUAGCAUAUUUUGCCGCAAUCAUUCGUUAUCAACCUUAUUUGGAUCGUUUAACCAAUCUGAUUAAUAUUUGUAUUUGCACCGUCACCGUUGUCAAUUCAUUCCUUUUCAUGUUCUUUUCCGAUUUAUUUGGUCAACCAUACUCUGUUUCAGCCAUUAUGGGGUGGGUCUUCUUUAUCAUGAAUGCGGCCUUUUCGUUCUUACUAUUGAUGAUGAUAUUGGUGUUUACCGGUUUGAUGAUCUUCUCCAAGAAUCCAGAUAUUAGAUUCAAACCAGCAAAGGAUGAUAGAACCUCCUUCCAAAAGCAUUCUAUGAAGAUGAACGAUGGAUUAAUUAGCCCCUCUGUGGCUAAGGAGUUAAUGGCAUUGGGUGAUCUUGCCAAGGAUCAUAACGAAAAUUGGGAGACUGAAUUACAAGGGAAAUACGCAGAUGAUAGUAGUAAGAGUAAUACUAAUAUUUUCUUAGGUUCGGAUGAGGAAGAUGAAAAAUUUGCCUCUUCAUUAUCUGUUAAUGAACAAAAUGAAAUGAGUGGUAGAAAUCCAACAUUAUCGGAGAAAUUCUUAAGGACGUUUUCAAUAAAGCGUAAUAGAACCAAGAAAUCAAGAGACAAAGAGAGUGAUCCAAGAGAUGUAACACAAACGACAGGGUCUACGGGGGCCAGCGAUAGUGAUUCACCCGUAAGGAAACCAUAUCCAGGGGUAGAAUCCAAUGAAAUAAGACGAGAAAGUGAUUCUCAUAAUAGAUUAAUUGAUGCAUUCGGUGAAGAUGGCGCUCAAACGGGGGUUGCCGAUUAUAGAUUUUCUGGACUAAAUCGUUUAGUGGAUUCAGAAGCUGGUUCUUCUUUUAGUUCAAUGCCCAAUCGUGAUAUGAGUCUGGAUAGUAUGCAACAUCAACAAAACGUGGCCAAGUCAACUGAUAUACUGAACAAUAACAGCAAUUAUUUGUGA